AUGGAAAAUAUUGUGAUUGCUGCUGGAAGCGACCAUGCUGGUAUUAGCUUAAAAAACAGACUUAUUGAGCAUCUCCAAAGCAAAGGGGCUACAGUUAUUGAUGUAGGCUGCUUUGACGCCCAAAUGGUGGAUUAUCCGCAUUAUGGAAAAGCUGUCUGUGACAAAAUAAUCGCCAAUGAGGCAAAAUUCGGACUGCUCGUAUGUGGAACUGGUAUCGGGAUUUCUAUUUCAGCUAAUAAAUUUCCUGGAAUCAGAUGUGCGCUAUGUCACGAUUUAUGGACUGCAGAAACCGCAAGAAAAAAAUAUGAUAGCAAUGUGAUUGCCAUUGGGGAGAGGCAGACUACUUAUUUUGUCGCAGAGCAAAUGGUUGAUGCAUUUUUCACGACGCAGUUUGGGGAGGAAGAAAAUGAUGUUAGGAGAAGAGAUAUGAUAGAUGCAGCAGUUUAG